AUGCCGACCCAGAGAGACAGCAGUACCAUGUCUCACCCGAUCGCAGGCGGCGGCAUUGGGGACCACUCUCACCAGGUCCGGGUGAAAGCCUACUACCGCGGGGAUAUCAUGAUAACACAUUUUGAACCUUCAAUAUCCUUCGAGGGUCUUUGUAAUGAGGUUCGAGACAUGUGUUCUUUUGACAAUGAACAACUUUUCACCAUGAAAUGGAUAGAUGAGGAAGGAGACCCAUGUACAGUAUCAUCUCAGUUGGAGUUAGAAGAAGCCUUUAGGCUUUAUGAGCUAAACAAGGAUUCUGAACUGUUGAUUCAUGUAUUCCCUUGUGUACCAGAACGUCCUGGAAUGCCCUGUCCAGGGGAAGAUAAAUCCAUUUACCGACGAGGGGCACGCCGCUGGAGAAAGCUUUAUUGUGCAAAUGGACACACUUUUCAAGCCAAGCGUUUCAACAGGCGUGCGCACUGUGCCAUCUGCACUGACCGAAUUUGGGGACUUGGACGUCAAGGAUAUAAAUGUAUCAACUGCAAGCUCCUGGUUCAUAAGAAGUGCCACAAACUCGUCACAAUUGAAUGUGGGCGGCAUUCUUUGCCACCGGAACCAAUGAUGCCCAUGGACCAGUCAUCCAUGCACUCAGACCAUGCACAGACAGUAAUUCCAUAUAAUCCUUCAAGCCAUGAGAGUUUGGACCAAGUUGGUGAAGAAAAGGAGGCAAUGAACACCAGGGAAAGCGGCAAAGCUUCUUCCAGUUUAGGUCUUCAGGAUUUUGAUUUGCUCCGAGUAAUAGGAAGAGGAAGUUAUGCUAAAGUACUGUUGGUGCGAUUAAAAAAAACAGAUCGUAUUUAUGCAAUGAAAGUUGUGAAAAAAGAGCUUGUCAAUGAUGAUGAGGAUAUUGACUGGGUACAGACAGAGAAACAUGUUUUUGAACAGGCGUCCAAUCAUCCUUUUCUUGUUGGGCUGCAUUCUUGCUUUCAGACAGAAAGCAGAUUGUUCUUUGUUAUAGAGUAUGUUAAUGGAGGAGAUUUAAUGUUUCAUAUGCAACGACAAAGAAAACUUCCUGAAGAGCAUGCCAGAUUUUACUCUGCAGAAAUCAGUCUAGCAUUAAAUUAUCUUCAUGAACGAGGGAUAAUUUAUAGAGAUUUGAAAUUGGACAACGUGUUGCUGGACUCUGAAGGACACAUUAAACUCACUGACUACGGCAUGUGUAAGGAAGGAUUACGGCCAGGAGAUACAACUAGCACUUUCUGUGGUACUCCUAAUUACAUCGCUCCUGAAAUCUUAAGAGGAGAAGAUUAUGGUUUCAGUGUUGAUUGGUGGGCUCUUGGAGUACUAAUGUUUGAGAUGAUGGCAGGAAGGUCUCCAUUUGAUAUUGUUGGGAGCUCUGAUAACCCUGAUCAAAACACAGAGGAUUAUCUUUUUCAAGUUAUUUUGGAAAAACAAAUUCGCAUACCGCGUUCUUUAUCUGUAAAAGCUGCAAGUGUCCUGAAGAGCUUCCUCAACAAGGACCCAAAGGAACGAUUGGGUUGUCAUCCACAAACAGGAUUUGCUGAUAUUCAGGGACACCCAUUCUUCCGAAAUGUUGAUUGGGAUAUGAUGGAGCAAAAGCAGGUGGUACCUCCGUUUAAACCAAAUAUUUCUGGGGAAUUUGGUUUGGACAACUUUGAUUCUCAGUUUACUAAUGAACCUGUCCAGCUCACUCCUGAUGAUGAUGACAUUGUGAGGAAGAUCGAUCAGUCUGAAUUUGAAGGUUUUGAAUACAUUAAUCCUCUCUUGAUGUCUGCAGAAGAAUGCGUCUGA